GUUAUAGGAGAAAUGGAUACAGAGAAAGGAUGGAGUGACGGAGGAGACAGAUAAGGAGGAGGAGGACAGGGGACCCGAUCAGACUGCAAGGUUCUGCAAGUCACUGACAGACAUGAACAGAAUAACGGGACCUGGAGAACAAAGGAUGUGACUAUUAACUCCUCCUGUGCUGGAGAGCUUGAGAACCAUCUGGCUGGGACCUGCAGUCUUGCCUGACUGAACCAUCUUUUGCUGACCUGUAGGGCACUGUUGAUCAGUCACUGGUCUGUAUGACAGGAACCUGCAGCUGGACCUCCCUGAACUCUCUGCUAUACAUCUGUACUAAAUUCUUUUACAAGACCUCAGAUUUGCUCAGAGAUUUUUCCUCUCACCACCUUUAAAGCCAGGAAAUUCCAGUCACUGGAGUCUGUGCUCACCAAAAUGUGUGUGUUCAUGUGAACAUUCAAGGCAAGCUGCUCUAAUUCCCUUGUCUAGCUUGGCACCUUAGUACCACAUUCCUCAGUCCGUCUCUGAAGAGAGGACACUAACAUGGCUCUGCUAGUUCAACUGGGUCUAUGUCUGUCAGGAUUGUCCUUAUGCUUAGGUCAGGAUGGGGCAGGAUGGGGACAAAUGAUCCAGUGGGAAGAAAGUGGAAGACGCUAUCGACUGCUGAAUUCAGGGUCUGAAUACCAGGCUGCAGGAGAGGGCACAGGAGGAACUAGAGUUGUAGUGGAUGGAGUUCGAAGUGGCGUUGACCUCCGCCGUCAAGCACCCACUUUACCACGCACUGGAUCUCAGACAGUCAGGGGCAAUACUCGUCACCCAUUUGGAUUUGGACAAGUGCCAGAUAAUUGGCAAGGGGGAGGAGAAACAGCUAGCACAGGUCGUUUUACUGCUUCCGCAGGGGCUGGUGGUGGAAGAGGAGGGGGUACUAGAACACGUCAGUCAUCGACACAGAACUCUGUAGGACAGUCUUUUGUUUCAAGACCCCAGCCACCUUUUGUACCCCAGGCCCAGCCUGAAUAUUAUCCCCAGACCUAUGAAGAAAGCUAUGGCUAUUCCAGAGGUGGAGGUGGAGGGGGCUAUGCAGCACAACCUCCAUGGGGAGGAGGUUAUGAAGAUUUCUACGAGGAGCCUUCUCCACCUUUUGCCCAACCACCAUAUUUUGCAUCCCCAGCUUUGCCUCCUCGGCAGCCAGCUCCAGUAAAUCCUGUAGUGCCCCAGGAUGGGCUUGACAGACGUUUUUCCCACAGUCUAUUCAGAGGAAGUGAUACCCCUGUAGAAAGUGAUCCAGUACAACCAGCUGUAGCAGGUGGAGGUGGUGAUGCCGGAUUCCCCCCAUAUGGUGGAGUAGGUCAGGGAGAAAGCUACUACGGAGCACAAAGACCAGAUUAUUUCCAACCACAAAGUCGUGCAGCUAAUACUCCAGUCAAUGGCGGGGAGUCUCAGACUGGGCAACAAGGAAGAGCCAAUGUUGGGAAUGUUUUCCGUGGUGGUCAGAGAGGGCUUCCUGAUUUGGUUCCGGAUCCAAGUUAUGUUCAGGCUGCAACCUAUGUCCAGCGAGCCCAUCUCUAUUCCCUACGUUGUGCAGCAGAGGAACGCUGCCUCUCUAGCUCUGCAUAUGCGGCAGAAUCUUCAGAUUAUGAUGUUAGAGUUCUACUUCGCUUCCCUCAAAGAGUGAAGAACCAGGGAACUGCUGAUUUUUUGCCUACACGACCUCGCCAGGCAUGGGAGUGGCACAGCUGCCAUCAGCACUAUCACAGUAUGGAUGAAUUCAGUCAUUAUGAUCUGCUGGAUGCCGCAACAGGACGGAAAGUGGCAGAGGGACAUAAGGCCAGCUUCUGUUUGGAGGAUACAACAUGUGACUUUGGAAACCUCAAGAGAUAUGCAUGUACCUCGCACACUCAGGGUCUAAGUCCUGGUUGUUAUGACACAUACAAUGCAGACAUUGACUGUCAAUGGAUUGAUAUAACAGAAGUAAAACCAGGAAACUAUAUACUCAAGGUAGUAGUCAACCCCAAGUACAUUGUUUUGGAGUCCGAUUUUACCAAUAAUGUGGUGCGGUGCAAUAUCCACUAUACUGGAAGAUACGUGUCAGCCACAAACUGCCGAAUUACACAGUUCUGAGCAAAAUCUGUAAGAAAAUGAUUAUAUAUGGAAAUUUUCAGACAAUCCUAUUUUGACAGCAAGUCAGCAACCUCCCCACCAUUCCCUGUCUUGAUAAGCACACUAGCAAUCUUAUUAAUACUUGUGUGAAAACCCUCACUUUGUAUACCCAUGAAAUAAAUUCUAUUAUUGCCCUCCACGUAACUCAACUAGUAAAAAUGUGUGGUUUACCUCUCUGUCUGUUUCUUUUGUUACCUUCCCAGUAGGUAAUUUGCCAAGUAGCAAGAUGUAGUCGCGCUAAAAAUGUUGGCAUUCUUUCAUUAAAGGGGUACUUCAGUGAAAACCUUUUUUUUUUU